AUGACAAUGCUUGUGAUGAAGGUUCCACAAGGGUUCCUUUGUGGAGAAUGCCCAGCUGGUUGGGCCAGGAGUGCCUUCCAACAGCCCUGCGUACCGUGUGCGGCCGGCGCUACUUCGCCACUGAUUUCGGCAGUCGUCGUUGAUGUUGGCACGAAGGCCACCGUCAGCUUCGUCGUGGCGUCCAUGGCAGCAACAGCGGCCGUCAGAGCAAGCAGCAAGCUGCACACAGUGAUGAUCCGCAUAGCCACCCAGUGGCUGGCUGCCUGCUCGGUCCUGGCAACCUUCGACUUGACCCAGAUACCUAUCAACGAGGUCACGGACUACAGAGAGGAGGAUACCCGGCUCUUCCCGUGGCCCGCACAGGUCACUGCCGCAAUGCUAGGCCUCUUCGAGACCCUCACGCUGACCCCUGUCUUGACCUCCAUCGACUCCGCAGCACAGUGCUUAGCCCAGGCCUCAACUUCCUGGCUCUCUUCCCAGAGCACGGGCCCGAGCAUAGCCGUCGGGGUGUACUACCUCAUCCUGCCGGUGCUGGUGAUUCUGGGCAUCCUGCUUCUGGCUUUGCUGGUGGUGCAUGUCCUGGUACCUUUGGGCAAGCGCCUGGGCAUCGCCUUUAACGACGCUGGACGCCGCCAUCUAAAGAAGGCCAAGGCUAUGAGAAGUCUGCGCGAGGCAGUGGAUCAGAUGCUUGGCGAGGCCUUUCCCAACAUGUCCGACAUUCCUGCUGUGGCUCCGACAUCGAAGGCUCCUGUCACCUUCUCUUGGGUGGACCUGGAGCGCUCGGGCGCCCUGCAUUUCCACAGCGAGGCUCAGGUGCAGCAGGCAGCGGAGGACCUGGACGCCUUCCUCUGCAGAGCGGUGGCCGCAUCCCGGGAGCUCCUGGUGCGGGCUUGCGCAGCCCGAGCGGCCCGAGCAGCCCGAGGUCCGCAGGAGGCCGAGGUGCAGGUGCAGCAGGUGCACGAGGAGCUUUCGCAGGCAGAUCUGCGGCCUUUUCUGACGACUAAUUUCGCCAUGCAAUUCGAGAAUUUCGCCAGCAUGCUGGAUCUGGUCGUGGAUGAAGUGCGGACCGGCGGCAACCUCCCCAGCGCUGAGGCAUCCAAGGAAGCCUCGGAACACUCCGAAUCCGAAGAGAACGACGCAGAGCAGCAUCUGGAGGGCUCAGAGCACGUUUGCGGUCGGGAGGCGGCCGAAGACACUUUGCGGACUAUAGGUAUCGACCUUGUGCCAUGCGACAUAUGCGACAUGCAGAUUGCGGCAUCAGAGCAGGACUUCAGCCACGUGGAUACGGUGGUGGAGACCCUUGAUUUCGGGCUCUUCUCAGCGACACCACGCUUGGGCGAGCUCUUGAGCCAGAGCCUCCCUGUGGUUUGGGUGAGCCUGGUCUCCUUGUGGCCUGGGCUAUUGUCCAUCUUCCUGCAGAUGAUCUGGUGCAUUCCAGUUCCGGAGGACGAGGUCAUCGUGAACCGCCUGCUGCCCAACCCUUCCGUCAUCUGCUGGUCUGAUGAGCACUUUGUUUCAGCCAGCAUCGCGAUUGCUGGGCUUGUGAUUUGGUGCCUGGGCAUCCCGCUGACGCUGGCUGUCAUGCUGCUACGCAUCCCAGAUAGACAGGCUUCAGAGAACUUCAGGCGCUUCGGCUACUUCUUCCAGGGUCUGGAGCGGAAGUUUUGGUGGUGGGACCUCCUCGUAAAACGUUUGGACGUGGCCUUGAUGAUGCUUCUCACCUACACUUCCGUCGUGCCGGAUCCGAAGGGCAAGCUCAUGCUCUUCCCCACCCUCUCCGGCUUCCAGGUCUUUUUGGCAGCCUGGGUCAAGCCAUACGCGAACGAUCAAGCCGAAAUCCUUGACGUUGUGGAGGUGACACUGUCCAUGAUCCGCUUCCUGCUCUUCUCUGCCGUGGCAUCACUUCUCAUUCUGCAGCCACCGGCAGCAACUACGCACGCGGUCGCCUACUUGCUCCUUGUGGUCAUUGUGCUGGCGCUCCUGUACCUCUUCACUCACUUCACUGCUCAGGUGCUCCGAGAAGCACAAACUGGGCCCAGUCCCUCCAAAACGAGCUCGUUGUUCCUGAGAUCUCUAGGUGCUGUCAAGGGCUUCGUCGUCGAAAAGGCUGUGCCUUUGUUCACAGAGGCAGAGUCGGAUUGUCUUGAGCUGAUCUGGUCUGUCUCGUCCGAAACGAUCGCAGUCGCGACCCCGGCCGCUGAUCCGAGGAAGCGAUUGAGAUCCUCCCUGAGAGAAACUCGUGCCCGGACGUUGCGAAGGCUUCAUCAGCUGAGCAAGUCAGUGUUGCGACAUGGCCCCCACUUCCAGCAGGCGGUCCUCCUCAAGGCCAACGAGGAGCUCACCACCUUGUGGCUGCAGCUUGGUCAGAAGAAGCUGCCUUCCUAUCGACAUGCCUGUGCUCUUGCGACAGCACACAAAUCGCUGCCACAAUCGCUGUUGACAAGUGGACUGUGUGCUUCAUGGAUGGAGCAGCUCGAAGCACUUGCCUGUAAAGAUGGGCCCCUCACAUGCAGGCCCAGUGAUAUUGAGCAAGCAGUGCAACUCCUGGUCAAGAUGUCCUCGGAUGAUGCAGUGCUCUUGAUCCAGUACGUCAUGACACUGUGCGACGAACAAAUGCAGCCGCAGGAGUACGCAGAGUUGUGA